CAUAAAGCUGACAUUAUAGCAACCCUGCAACUGAUUACCUUCCAUUACUUUCUAUAGACUAUUAAUCCAAAGUGAAGGUCCCGGAAGGGUUCUGCUGCAGAUAUAGUGCGGUCCAGUACACUACCGACUCCUCCAGAGCUGGAAUCACUCAGGUCAUGAGAGUCUGCAACGGCCGACAGGAUGGGUGCCAAUGGGAAUCUGCGAUCAUGAGGCCUAAUAAGGGCAGACAAGCCCACUCAGCAGCUGAUGGAUUGGCGCUGAGCGCUGCGAAGAACAGGACGGCUCAGAUUGCGAAGGGGGAUAGCGGACUGUGCGUGGUGAUAGAUGGCUCAAUCAUUCCUACGUCCCCAGCGUCCUCCUACCGGACCUGCGUUCGCCGAGAAGUGCCGCCAAGGUGGACCAGCUCUGUUGUCUUUCUGGACAAGCUAUUUUCAGCUUCCCUGGUGGCACCGGACAAGAGGGGAGCAGGACAAAACGUUCUGUAUAAGUCUUCCGCGUUCGUUCGGAUCUGCACACCGGAAAGUUCCAGAGGCGUCGGGGCGGCCGUGUUGGUCGGCGAGCAGCAUGAUGGAAGCAAGAGUUGGGGACGGCGUGGAGCAGCGACAUCAACUCAAGACAGGAGAGAAGAAUCACAAGAACAUCCGGCGAAGACGGCAAAAGGUGUCGAGAUGGAUUAUUGUCAGUUCUUCUUGAAGACAAACACUCCAGAAGCCUGGCCCAAGUCGCUCAGUCUCAAAGAGGCUCUGGAGCUCUUCAGGCCAGACUUCAUCAGCCAAUCUCAGGGUCGAGUGAGGAUGAUGGAGCAGAGGAAGAGGAGGGGGAAGGGGAGGACCAGCGCCGGCCUGAUACGAGACGAAGACGUGAGAAGGAGGAGGUGCACCACCUGUGCCGGCCCGGUACGAGACGGAGACGUGCGAAGGAGGAGGUGCACCACGCCGGAUCCGCUUAGCGAUAACCUUUUCAAGCCAAGCAGGAGGUCGAUAUCAAUUAAAGAAAUGCAACAGCGAUCCAGAAGGUUGUACAACAAGCUGCCAGAGGUGGAAAAGAAAAAGCAGGAGGAAGAGAAGAGAACAGUGUUCCAAGCCAACAGACUGCGAGUAGACCUCUUUAAAAAGAGACUUCUGGACCACAUUCUGCAAAGAUGAAGGAGCUCCACAGAAUGGCAAAUACUUAUUUCCUAUUUCAUCCGUACCUUCAGUAUUAAUUGUGUCUGAGCAAACAAAGUUUGUCAGUUCAUGCCGAGACACUAAACUAGAUUACUCAAAGAAAAUUGCCAAAAACCAAUUUACAUCAGGUUCAAGAAAAAUGAUGUAUCGCUAAAUUAUUUUUUUGUAUUAUUUUUUUAAUCGAGUUUGACAAAAAGCAAGUGCUCUAUCUCUGAAUAUUGUUAUUUGAUUCAACAUUUUCUGUUUUUCCUUUAAGAAUACAAUGUUUUUGGUGAUCAAAUGCCUGUGCAGUAACUGGAACUAUUUAAUUUUUUUCUCUUUAUACAUUUAUAUAUUAAUUAAA